AUGGCUUCCCCACAAGUCGGAUGGAUUGGCCUUGGUUCCAUGGGCAUUGCCAUGUCCAAGAACUUACAAAAAUAUUUCAAUGAAACAAAUUCCCCGGCGUUAAUAUACACCAAUCGCACACUUUCACGCGGGGACUCCCUGAAGGCUUUAAACGCAAUUCCUGCCGAGUCAGUCGGUGAACUUACAAAGAAAUGCGAUAUAAUAUUCUCUUGCGUGAGCAAUGACGCGGUCUUGCUAGAAGUUGCAAAUGAGAUCAUCGCAUCCGGCGAUAUCAGUGGAAAGAUAUAUGUGGACUGCUCUACAGUUCAUCCAGAUACAUCAGAGCUCAUUUCGAAAAACAUGAGCAAAGCAGGCGCUGAAUUUGUUUCAGCUCCUGUAUUCGGUGCCUCCCCUAUGGCUGAGGCUGGAAAGCUUAUCUUCGUCGCCGCUGGCCCGGAAAGUGCAAAGUCGAAGAUAUCCACCUAUCUAAACAGCGUCAUGGGACGCUCAAUCAUCGACAUGGGCGACCAAGUGUCCAAAUCAAGUCUUUUAAAGAUCGCAGGUAACAUCUGCGUUGUCUCCUUCGUGGAAAUAAUGUCAGAAGCACAUGUUUUUGCGGAGAAGACCGGAUUGGGUUCAGAAAUCCUCGAAAAGAUGAUCGGAGAUAUGUUUGGCCCUGUCAUAGAGAGCUAUUCUAAGCGAGUAACGCAAGGCCAUUAUGCUCCUCCACCGGGCGGAAAGGCAGGAUUUGACGUCUCCCUUGCCAUCAAGGACGCAAAACAUGCGCUCAAAUGUGCGGAGGAGGCGGGCACCAGGCUCGAAGUUAGCGAAGUUGCUUUGGCGCAUAUGGAGAAGGCUCGUCAAUUGCAACCGGAUCGGCCACUGGAUAGUAGUUCAAUGUAUGGCGCCAUUCGACAUGAUGCAGGGCUUGAUUUCUUCUCGGACUUUUGUAAGAAGAGGGACGGUACUUUGUAG